GCGUCUUCUAACGGAUCCAGAAACUCUUCUUCCCCAAUCGCCUCCGCAACUGACGCCGGUGCGGUGGAGUUACCCCUCCUCCGUUUUCUUCAACAGCUUUAAAUUACCUCACAUUCUGUCUUCUGCUCCCCCACUCGGCCUUGCCCGCUGCCUCAGCCGAUCUCAUGGCGGAGGAUCGUGCUAUAGCUCACCGCCUGCGUUUUACGCUUUUUCUACUUGCGCUCUCGACUGGGCCGGCGGCGUGCCGUCACCACCCGCGGCGGAGCACCGGAUCAAAGGAAACCGCCACUCUCGACGUCUCCGCCGGCCUCACCCGAGCCCUCCACGCUGUCUCCUUCGUGCCCUCCGCCGGUUUUUUUCCAACCCGUAACCUCUCCGCCGCCGCCGCGGCGGAGGCAGCUAUCUCCCUCCCUCUCCAUUCCCGUGAUUUCCUUCCUUUCUCUGAUGGCCAACGCCACCCCGACUACAAAGAACUCACACUCGCUCGCCUCCGCCGAGACGCCGCCCGCGUCCGUGCCCUCAACGCCCGCGCGGCCUUCGCUGUCGGUAGUGUCGCUGCGGCCGAUCUGAAGCCCGUUGUGGAAGAGAAGUUUCUGGAGAGCACCGCGGCGGCGGCGGCGGCGGCGGCGGCGGCGGCGGCGAUUGAAGGACCCAUCGUCUCCGGAACCAGCAUGGGUAGCGGCGAGUACUUCUCUCGGGUGGGCGUCGGUAGUCCGGCGAGGCCGAUGUACAUGGUCCUCGACACCGGGAGCGACGUCAGUUGGAUCCAGUGCGUCCCCUGCGCCGAUUGCUACCAGCAGUCCGACCCCGUGUAUGACCCGUCCGCCUCCACCUCCUCCGCCCCUCUUUCCUGCGGUUCGUCGCAAUGCCGCGCCCUCGACAUCUCCGCCUGCCGGAACUCCUCUUCCUCUCCAACCGGCGAUGGAAGUUGUCUGUACCAGGUUAACUACGGCGAUGGUUCGUACACUGUCGGGGACUUCAUCACCGAGACGCUGACCCUAGGGGGCUCGGACCCGGUCUCCGGCGUAGCCGUCGGAUGCGGCCACGAUAACGAGGGCCUUUUUGUCGGCGCGGCCGGGCUACUCGCUCUGGGCGGCGGACCACUCUCCUUCCCCUCCCAGAUGUCAGCCCGCUCCUUCUCCUACUGCCUUGUUGAUCGCGACUCCCCCGCAUCCUCCACGCUCGACCUCAGCACUGCCGCGGCGGCGGCCCCUUCCAACGGAUCUACCUCCGUGACCGCGCCGCUCCUCCGCAACCCCCGAGUCCGGACCUUCUACUACAUCGGCCUGAGCGGGAUCAGCAUCGGCGGUCAGAUGCUGCCCAUCCCGCCGUCCACCUUCGCGAUGGACGACCGCGGCGCCGGCGGAGUGAUCGUCGACUCCGGCACAGCCGUCACUCGACUCCAGAGCUCCGCCUACCAGGCGCUGCGCGACGCAUUCCGCGCCGGUACCUCUUCGCUUCCUCCUACAUCCGGCUUCUCGCUGUUCGACACCUGCUACGACCUCUCCUCCCGGACGACCGUCGAGGUCCCGACGGUGUCCUUCCACUUCCCAGGCGGCCGGAACCUCCGCCUCCCAGCCAAAAACUACCUAAUCCCGAUCGACGGUGCCGGCACCUACUGCCUGGCGUUCGCCCCUACCACCGCGCCGCUGUCCAUCAUCGGCAACGUGCAGCAGCAGGGGACACGCGUCAGCUUCGAUCUGGACGACUCCCUAGUGGCUUUCACCCCCACCAACUGCUGAAACCCUUAUCCCGUUCCCUCCCUUCAUCAACGGUCGAAAAGCGUUCCGAUUCGCCAGUCUGUCAAAACCUUUAUUUUCUCCUCCCCGCUUUACUUUGACCAGACUCCACGAGAUAAAAGCAACCGCAGCAAUGCAGCAGCCUCCGGCGUCUCGCCAUAAAACCAGGCAGAAAUUAAUGCCUUCGGCGAGUGAAAUGAUCUCUUAGACGAGUAUUUUUUAUAAUUCGCAGCUAGUUCCUGUGCGUGUGUUUACUGCAAGCCAUCAAUUGUGGGCGUUUAAUUAAUGUAGCGGCCUGGCCCACUUGACUCUC